AUGGCGUCUCGCGCCCAGCUCAUCGAUGGCACCGCCAUCGCCAAAUCUAUCCGCGACGAUGUCGCCUCUAGGAUUAAGGCAACACAAGCCCAGUUCCCCCGCUUCAAGCCCACCCUCGCCGUUAUCCAGGUGGGCGAACGCCCCGACUCGUCCGUCUAUGUGCGCAUGAAAUUGAAGGCGGCAGAAGAGGUCGGCAUCCAGUUCAAGCACAUCCACCUCGCCGAGUCCGUCGAGGUCGCCGAAGUCGUCGAUGUCGUCAAAAAGCUCAACGAGGACGACUCUGUUAGCGGCAUUCUUGUCCAGCUUCCUCUCGGCCCCAAUGUCGGCGCGGACGGCGAGCGCACUGUCACCGAAGCUGUGAGCCCCGAGAAGGAUGUCGACGGCUUCCAUGCGUACAACAUCGGCCACCUUUCGUCCCGCGCUUCCGACCCACUCUUCGCCCCAUGCACCUCCACAGGAAUUAUUCGUCUUCUAGAGUCCACCGGCGUGACUAUCUCGGGCUCCCGCGCAGUUGUCCUUGGCCGCAGUGACAUUGUCGGCAGCCCUGUCGCCGCCAUGCUCCGUCACCUUGACGCUACAGUCACUCAGUGCCAUAGUCGGACCAAAAACGUGCCGGAAAUCGUCAAGGAUGCCGACAUAGUUGUUUCCGCCAUUGGAAAGCCACAAUUCGUCGAAGGCUCGUGGCUCAAGCCAGGCGCCGUGGUGAUUGACGUUGGCACGAACUAUAUCCCCGACUCGACCAAGAAGUCUGGCCAACGUCUUGUAGGAGAUGUUACUUUCGACUCUGCCGCCGAAGUAGCCUCGCACAUCACUCCGGUGCCUGGAGGUGUCGGUCCGAUGACAGUCGCCUUGCUCAUGGUGAACACGCUCACGGCUGCGGAGCGCAUCUGGGAGCAAGCGCGCUCGCUUCGUAUCAAACCGCUCAAGUUGAAAAUCCUCGAGAAGGUCCCUAGUGACAUCGAAAUCUCGUUGGCGCAAACCCCCAAACCCGUGUCUCAGCUGGCACAUGAAAUUGGCAUUUACCCCGAUGAGCUUGAGAAUUACGGCAAGUACAAGGCUAAGGUUGAGCUCAGCGUUCUCGACCGUCUUGCUCACCGCAAGGACGGCAAGUACAUUGUCAUCUCGGGUAUCACACCUACACCACUCGGCGAGGGCAAGUCUACUACCACUAUCGGGUUGGCGCAAGCUCUCGGUGCACACAUGGGUCGUCCUUCCUUUGCCUGUGUGCGUCAGCCCAGUGGUGCUGCCGGCGGCGGAUAUUCUCAAGUCAUCCCGAUGGAUGAGUUCAACCUGCACUUGACUGGAGAUAUCCACGCAGUGACAGCAGCGAACAACCUUCUUGCCGCUGCGCUUGACGCGCGAAUGUUCCACGAAGCCACUCAGUCCGAUAAGGCGUUGUACAGCCGGCUUGUGCCCACGAAGAAGGGCAAGCGCGAGUUCGCGCCUUUGAUGUUCAAGCGUCUCAACAAGCUCGGCAUCGACAAGACGAAUCCCAACGACCUUACUCCUGACGAGAUCAACCGCUUUGCUCGCCUCGACGUCGACCCCGAGACCAUCACCUGGAACCGCGUCAUCGACGUUAACGACCGUCAUCUUCGGAAGAUCACUGUUGGUCAGGCGCCGACAGAGCAAGGCCACUCCCGCGAGACUGGCUUCGAUAUUUCGGUUGCUAGCGAGUGUAUGGCUGUUCUUGCGCUCACGACGAGCCUUGCGGACAUGCGGGAACGCCUCGGCAACAUGGUGGUUGCCACCAGCAAGCGCGGCGAGCCCGUGACCGCGGACGACCUUGGUGUCGGAGGUGCUCUCGCCGUUCUCAUGAAGGACGCCAUCAAGCCUAACCUGAUGCAAACCCUCGAGGGUACGCCCGUGUUUGUCCACGCUGGUCCUUUCGCCAACAUCGCCCACGGAAACUCGUCUAUCCUCGCCGACCGUGUCGCGCUCAAGCUGGCGGGUAUCGAGGAGGGCGACUCCCCGGACCGCAUCGGUUACGUCCUCACCGAAGGCGGCUUCGGCGCGGACAUGGGCAUGGAGAAGUUCUGCAACAUCAAGUGCCGCAUGAGCGGGCUGAAGCCGGAUGCGACCGUCAUCGUUGCGACCACGCGUGCCCUGAAGAUGCACGGAGGCGGACCGGACGUCGCCCCUGGCAAGCCUCUCCACGAGACGUACACGAAGGAGGACCUUGUCACGCUCAAGGAGGGUUGCAAGAACCUGACGAAGCACAUCGAGAACUCACGCAAGUUUGGUGUGAAGGUCAUCGUAGCAAUCAAUCAAUUCUCCUCUGAUACCCCCGCGGAACUUGAGCUCGUCAGAGAGCAGGCCCUUGCCGCCGGUGCGGACGGUGCUGUCGUCAGCAACCACUGGGCUCAGGGUGGCGAGGGUGCUCGUGCGCUCGCCGAGGCCGUCAUCGCGAUCUGCGAGGGGGAGUCGAACUUCAAGUUCCUCUACGACCUCGAGCUCCCGAUCGAUAAGAAGAUUGAGAUCAUCUCGAAGGAGAUCUAUGGCGCGGACGGUAUCGAGCUCAGCGAGGAAGCCCAGAAGCAGGUCGACACCUACACCCGUCAGGGCUACAGCAACCUCCCUAUCUGCAUGGCGAAAACCCAGUACUCGUUCUCGCACGAUCCCAAGCUGAAGGGCGUCCCCACGGGCUUCACCAUCCCCAUCCGCUCCGUCCGCCUGUCCGCCGGCGCUGGCUUCCUCUACCCCAUCCUCGGCGACAUGCAGACCAUGCCCGGACUCGGCACGCGCCCCGGCUUCUGGGAGGUCGGCCUUGAGACCGAGACCGGUCGUGUCGUCGGCCUGUUCUAA